UAAACAGCCUCAGGACUUGUUGUCAGUACAACUAAAACCGCUUGUGCAGUCAGCGCGUUAGAGAGCAAGGACCGGAACACCGGAAACGAAUCCAGUAAAUCUGCUUCGAUAUCUGUCACGUGACUCACCAUUUGCCAGCGUAGUGUAGUGAUACAUCUUGGUGCCACACUUCAUCUUUGAUAGUUCCGGAAGGCUCGCUAGCUGAUGAUGUUGUGCUAAAUCAAGUGAGACUUUCAUUCAGGCACCAGCGAUGCAGGGGGGAGAGUAUGGGGAGCUCGGGGGCAGCCUGCCUGCCAUCGCCUCUCUGAACGCCUCCUACUCCACGUCGCUGACCCUCCCUUCUCCAUACCUCCUGGUUCCGCCUGCAGUGCGCAAAGCGGUGUCCGAUGUCCGGCGCACCUUCUGUCUCUUUGUGACCUUUGAUCUCCUCUUCAUCACGCUUCUGUGGAUUAUAGAGCUAAAUGUCACUGGUACACUUUUGGAGAAUCUGGAAGACCAGGUUGUCAGAUAUAACUUCAAGUCUUCCUUCUUUGACAUAGUUGUCCUUGCCUUGUUUCGCUUCCUCUGUCUACAAAUUGGCUAUGCAGCGUUUAGGCUGAAACACUGGUGGGUUGUUGCGGUUUCGACUCUAGUGACCAGCGUCUUCCUCGUAGUGAAGGUCAUCAUUUCUGAACUCCUGUCCAAAAAUGCUUUUGGCUAUGUUUUACCCAUCACCUCGUUUGUGGUGGCGUGGUUGGAGACCUGGUUCUUUGACUUCAAGGUCCUUUCCCAGGAAGCCGACGAUGAGCGAGCUUACCUAGCAGCAGUGAACGCGGCCUGUGAAAGUGCUCCUAUGAUCUACUCCCGCCCUGUUUCAGACGGACAGUUCUACUCGCCACCUGAAUCUGUAGCUGGUGAUGACUUGGACAAGGAUUUGGACGAGGAGGGUCUCUGGCGCAAAGCUGUCACCUUUCAGGAGAAGGAGUAUGUCAAACAGGGUCGAGAGGCCAUGUCUGUGGUGGAGCAGAUCCUCAUCCAGGAGGAAAACUGGAAAUUUGAGAAAAACAAUGACAUGGGAGACUCUGUCUACACUCUGGAGAUUCCCUACCAUGGAAGGACUUUUAUUCUCAAGGGCUUGAUGCAGUGCCCCGCUGAGUUUGUCUAUCAGGAGGUGAUUCUGCAACCAGAGAAAAUGGUUCAGUGGAACAAAACUGUUUCUGUCUGCCAGAUCCUCCAGAGGGUUGACGACAACACUUUGGUGACUUACGACGUUUCUGCUGGUGCAGCGGGAGGAGUCGUGUCUGCCAGGGACUUUGUUAAUGUUCGACGAGUCGAACGCAAACGAGACUGUUACAUGUCUGCUGGCAUGGCAACCAACCACGAUGCCAAACCCCCAUGUGGUCGCUACGUCAGGGGAGAAAAUGGCCCAGGAGGAUUUGUGGUUUUGAAAUCCAGCAGUAACCCGUCUGUCUGCACAUUCAUCUGGGUCCUCGACACAGAUUUGAAGGGCCGUCUGCCCCGCUACCUCAUCCACCAAAGCCUUGCUGCCACCAUGUUUGAGUUUAUGUCCCAUUUACGCCAACGCAUCGCUGACCUCCGGCCCUCCCAUCACCACCACCAUCAUCAUCCUCACCCCUAAAAGCCUAAGGAAAGGUCCCCUGGGAAGCAGCCCUGCUAUGUUCUUUGUCUUGGACCCCAUCGUCCACCUGAGAAGGGGAAGCAGCAUCCUGUGAAGCCUCUGAGCUGAAAGGCCGUGUGCAACAAGCUGCUGUAACGGAACAGACUUUAUCUCUGAGCAUAGGAGACCAUAUUUUGGAUCAGACCGAGUGAUUUGGAUGGAGCAGCUGAUUAUCUUCAAAACUUAAUUUUUUACAGUUUACCUGUGGCUGUUGCUCUGAUUCUCACUAGGAAAUUUGACUUGUUCUGAGUUGAGGUGUGGUGCACUUUAUUGACAAGAAAGGUUUUCAUGAGGUCAGAGGUGAUCUGUAAGAACUGUUGGCACAGAACAGAGGCAGCUGAGCCUUAUCUCACAGAACUUAAUGUUUAUUAUUGAUUUGCUGUUGUUGUUUUUUUUCGUUUCUCUGCACCUUUUUUAUUUUCUCUUUCUAUCUACCUGCCUACACAUAACAGCCAUAUUCUCUCCAAACAUAUUAUUUCAAAGAAUACUGUGAUACAUAAAGAGGACGCGCUACUUCCUGCUCACUGCUAGAGGGAGAAAUAACCGACGUACUUUGGGAAACGGCUCAGUCUUUUCCAUAGCAGAGAAAUCUGUUGUACCAUGGUUUUUAAAAAAGUUUUUUUUUUUGUGUUUUCCAUAUAUCUUAAAGCUGAAUUCACAUCAAAGGCAUGAUUGUUCAGAAGUUAAAAGUAGACCAGCCUGUCUUCUUACUACAGCUGUCUUUUGUGCCAAUAACCUCAUGUGGCCUUGUUGGGGGUGAAAAAAUUAGCUGAUUUAUAAAUGAAUAAAAAUUAUAAUUGAUUACCCUGCUGUCCUUCGUUCGUGCCCUUGAGAUGUGGACCUAACAAAUAUUUAGCUUUCAAUUCGUACAUAAUGAAGCAAAACGCAGCUUGUAAUCAUGUGAAAACACCCCCUUCAGCUUGGACUUGGUAUUAGUCUGCAUACUGGUGCUAAUUUAAAAACAAUCAUGGUUUAAAGUUAAAACUGUCCGGAAAAGUUGUGGUUUUGUUUUAAGAUGACUGAGACAACUUCAGUUCUUCUUCCUGAAGGACCAAGGUUGUGGAUUCGACUGUGAGGAAUUUUACUUUGUUUUUGGAAGCUGCGAUUAUUGUAGGGAAAAAAAAAAAACUGUGCAUGAAGUCCAAAAUGUUUGGGUAAUGAAAUAAACUGGGUAAUGUAUUUGUUUUAUCAUUAAGAUACUGACAGUAGAGAUUUCAAGUGAAGAUAUUGUUAACAGUUGUGCCUUUGUUGCAGUAAUAAUACAUACAAGACUUAUUGUUGCUUUUUGGUAAUUUCAAGCUGUUUAUUCUCUUCUUCACUGAGGGUCUAUUAAAUGUAUAAGAAGCCUGCUUGGAAUACUUAUGUUUACUUAUUUCUUUAUUAGUUUUCAAACUAAUUUGUCUAAUUCAUUUUCAUAUCAAACAUGUUAAUUCAAAGCCAUCACUACUGACCAACUGUUUUUACUGAAUCUUAACAAAUGUCUAAUAAAACAGGGUGAACCUA